CUGACAGUCGCUCCGCGUCGCUGCUGCGCCGCCUGCCGCUCCCGCCGCCAUGCGGAUCCUCAUCAAGGGUGGCGUGUGGAAGAACACCGAGGAUGAGAUCCUCAAGGCGGCCGUCAUGAAGUACGGCAAGAAUCAGUGGUCGCGCAUCUCGUCGCUUCUGGUGCGCAAGUCGGCCAAGCAGUGCAAGGCGCGGUGGCACGAGUGGCUCGACCCGUCCAUCAAGAAGACGGAGUGGUCGCGCGAGGAGGAGGAGAAGCUGCUGCACCUGGCCAAGCUCAUGCCCACCCAGUGGCGCACCAUCGCGCCCAUCGUCGGCCGCACCGCCGCGCAGUGCCUCGAGCACUACGAGCGACUCCUCGACCAGGCGCCGCGGCGGGGCGCGUCAGCGGACGGAGACGCGUCGGCGGCGGACGACCCUCGCCGGCUGCGGCCGGGCGAGAUCGACCCGAACCCCGAGUCGAAGCCCGCGCGACCUGACCCGGUGGACAUGGACGACGACGAAAAGGAGAUGCUCUCCGAGGCGCGCGGGAGAUGGAGCCGAGAUUCGGAGCCGAGGGUGGAGCCGGGAGGGUGGCGGCAAGACGCAGAUGCUCCCUCGCCGCGCGACGGCGCCUCGAGAUGACGAGGAGCCGCGGGUGGGGGAGGACGAGGGCGGGGGAGGGCGGGGGAGGGUCUCUGCAGGAUGGUCUCUGCAGGAUGCCCGGCUCCACGCUC